AUGGCCGACAUCAGAGCCAUGGACUUGGAGCACUCCAUGAAACACACUGCAGUUGGCACGAAGCAUUCUCACCAUGAGAAUGCCAACGAACUCGGCAAUAACAACCUGCCCUCCUCAGCGGAAGACCUUGAAAAGCACCCAUCUCAUGGCGCAGGCUAUGACAUGUCGCACCUGCCUAUGGAAGACGGCGAGUAUAUCGUGACGGCCAAAACAUGGGCCGUUGUGGCGACUCUGGCUUUUUCUUAUGGCAUUUCCUUCUGGCCGGUUCCUUUUUUCAGCACCAUCGAGACACAAAUAGCUACACAGUUUGGUUCACCAGGUGGAGGCACAUGGAUCACUUCUGUCUACACUUUAGCCGGCGCUAUUUCAUUCAUGAUUUGUGGUGCUAAUAGCGACCUGUUCGGCCGAAGAUACUUCAUUCUAUGUGGCAACGUCCUUGUCUUUAUUGGGGCUAUUCUCGGCGCUACCUCGCACAGCUUGGGUCAGACUAUUGCUGCACACACCUUGUUCGGUUUCGGAGGCAGCCAGUGCCAGUUGGCCGCCUUUGCACUACCUGAGCUGCUUCCAAACAAGUGGCGCCAUUUUGCGGUGGUCAUGGCAGAUGGUCUAAUCUUCUUUGACGUUAUCGUUGGUCCUGUGGCCGCUCGGGUAGCUAUCCGUCAUGGCAGCGCAUGGCGCUGGGGCUACUGGGGGACUGCAAUCAUUAUAGCGAUCUCCUUCGUUAUUCUGUUGUUUGCUUACUUUCCACCUAAGCACCCACGUGGCAUCCCGUGGGAUCAAGCUCUGAAGCAGCUUGACUACGUCGGAAUAUUGUCCUUUACUGGAGCUACGACCCUUAUUCUGGCUGGUAUUGUCUUCGUCCAACUCCGGUCCUCGAGCGACCCAUUGGUCAUUGGCCUACUUGUGUCAGGCUUCGCUUUGCUGGUUUUCUUUGCUGCAUGGGAAACUCUGGCUCCAUUGAAAGAACCUCUGACGCCGCGUCGCCUUUUCACUCACAACAGAGGGCGUAGUCUGACAGCUCCAUUCAUUGUCGGAUUUGUCGUGACCAUGUUCUACUACGGCACCAACAUCACAUGGCCCACUAUGGUAGCGGUAUACUUUACCAAGACUACAACUCCGUUCCAUAUUACAUUACUGCAGGCGACUAUCCAAGGUUUGGGCAUCUUCACCGGUGCAAUGCUUCUUUCUUUUGGAGGUAGUCAUAUCAAACACUGGAAAUGGCAGAUGACCGUUCCUAUCACUUUGAUGACCUUCUUCGGUGGUAUGCUAGGGUACAUCAACCCAGAAAGAGAAAACCUCGGUAUCGCAUUCGCCUUUCUCUGCGCAAUGUUCUACGGUUACGCGCAAUACCUCUCUAUUGCCUACAUACAGUUUGGGGCUGAUCAAAGAGAACUUGGUAUUGCCGGCGGCCUGGCUGGUGUGGCGAGAGUGGCUGGAGGCGCUAUUGCUGUCACUGUGUACGAGACAAUCCUCAUCAAUGUUCAAAGCUCCUACGCUGCAAAGCAUGUCCCGGCAGCUGCUGAAGCAGCAGGUGCUUCUGCCAAAGUCGCCGAGGCUAUCCUAGCUGCACUGCCACUUGGUGCGGCAGCUCUUGCUAAAGUCCAGGGUGCAACUACAGCUAUGAUCGAAGCAGCAGCUGGCGCAUACACCCAGAGUUACGUGUCCGGUCUCAAAACCGUCGCCCUUGCUUCGGUUGGAUUUGGUGCUGUGGGCAUAAUUGCCACUUUGUUCUUGGAAGAUAUUGGGCCGAAAAUGACGCCCAAGAUUGAGAUCUUCUUGGAGAACGAUGUCCAGGCGGAAAAGAACAAGUUCCAUUGA